UCCUCCACAGCUAUACUACUUUCACUUGGCCACGCAACAGCUGUGAACUCUUAACCGCACACUCGUACAAUACGUGUUCAAUACGUUAAGAUAGGAGUCAACGUCUAAUUUACGAUGUGGUAUUCGGCAGAGACUCUCUCUUACCUUCACACGACUAACCUGGUGGUAAUCGCCGCCUAUGCCGCUCUAAUCGCGUUUAUAUUCUUGGUCAUUGUUAAACUAUACACUUGGAUGACUACAGGUGUAUAUCACGGCACCACGAACAUGAAAGGCAAAGUCGUAAUCGUCACCGGAUGCAAUUCGGGCAUUGGCAAGGAAACGGCCAAAGAUCUGGCUAAGCGUGGCGCCAGAGUAAUCAUGGCUUGCAGGAAUAUGGAGACCGGAUCGAAAGCUAGAGACGAAAUCAUCAACUAUAGCGGAAACUCCGAUGUUGUGCUCAUGAAAUUGGAUUUGAGCAGUUUGAAUUCAGUGCGUCAAUUUGCAGCUGAAGUAAACAAACAAGAAUCUCGAUUGGACGUAUUAGUUAACAACGCUGGUGUAGCUAAUACUUUUGGUAAAAAAGUUACUGAAGAUGGUUUAGAACUUACCAUGGCUACCAAUCAAUACGGCCCAUUUUUGCUGACACAUUUACUUCUACCAUUGUUGAAAAAGACUGCGUCCAGCAGGAUUGUAAUAGUUGCUUCCGACUUAUACAAGCUUGCAAAAUUGAACUUGGCCAAACCAAAUCCGAUCAAUCAAUUGCCCGCCUACUUAUACUAUGUCUCUAAAUACGCUAACAUCAUGUUCUCGAUGGAACUAGCACGUAAACUCAAAGAUAGUAAUUCAGGUGUCACGUGCAAUUGUCUUCAUCCUGGUAUCAUUGACUCUGGAAUAUGGAGAAAUGUGCCAUUUCCGCUGAACUUGGGUUUGCAGCUGGUUGUAAAGACUAUGUUUAAGACUACCGAACAAGGUGCACAAACUUCAAUUUAUUUGGCCGUCAGUGAAGACGUUGCCAAGACUAGUGGAAAAUAUUUUAAGGACUGCAAAGAAAGCAGUUUGAGAAGUGAUGUUUUAGACGAAGGAAAUGCCAAGAAAUAUUGGGAAAUUUGCGAAAAUCUGGUGAAACUCCAACCCAACGACCCAAGACCGUAA